AUGGACGUUCACUUUGUGGAUCAAGACGGUCGCCGACCACCUCUAAACUACGAGUUGUUACAAGAUGUGCUUGGAGAUGGGUGUCAGUCAGACCUGGACAUAUCGGAUGAGGAGACAGAAACGGCUGUCAAUUUACCUCGACUACUAGAUGAUGAAGGUAAUAUACCCUCAGAGAUUCCACCAGGUAACCAUAACAGCGACAGUGACUCAGAUCAAAAUAUAAGUUUGACAGAGCUACAGCAUAGAAAUCAGGAAAACUUACCCCCACCUGCAAACUCCUGCCUUCUCGAAAUGCCUAAUAGUCAUCAGGCACAAAAAAGACCUAUAAUCUGGAAAGCUAUUACUUAUACUGACGUGGAGCAUAGUUUUCCUUCUCAACCGGAACCCCCUGAAAUGCUGCAAUAUCUUUCUACAUAUUUCAAUGAAACUUGUGUUGAAAAACAUCUCACACUGUACAAUUUUGUAUUACCUGCGUAA